GCAAGUGGGUCGCAAAGUGCCUUGUGGGGAGAGCCCCACGAGAAAGGCGCGCCACCCCUUUCGAGUCAACGGCAUAGGGGACGACACUAGGUCUGGUGGGCUCGUGGGAUCUCGGAGGGGUCUGUGAGCCUUGGACCCUUCUCCUAUGGACUUGCGGAAACACCAUGCUAGCGAUAGGGGAAGGGGUUCGCGACGGCACCGGCGAAGACGGACCCAGGCGGUGGUGAGGAGCCACGGCUGUUGCGCACGCGGCCAUGCACGGGCGCUGGCCCUACCUCGCGAUGGGGAAUAGGUGAGCACCGGGCGAUAUAUAAGGAUGUGUUGACACGCCUCCAAUGUUGUGAAUGUUUCCUUUCCUCACCAGGCCUCGCAUCAUCUUUUGUGCUCCUGAAUCCUCUACAUUCUUUUCUUCUUUUUUGGCUCAUCCCACAGCCAGACCAAAAACCCCCUCACCAGUCAACCAGCUGUUGUCUUCCAACAUGGUUGCUCACCACUCUUUCAUGCUACUCUCGCUCGCCGCCCUCGCGCUGGGCUCUCCUUUCGGGGAGCUCCAGCAGAGGGCCGAGCCCCGGAUUCAGCAGCGGGCUGCAUGCGCAGGAAACACCGCCACCACCCGCUCGAAGUGGUGCGAUUUCGACAUCAAGAGCGACUACUACACUGGCCAGCACCCCAACACUGGCGUCACCAGGGAGUUCUGGCUUGAGCUUACCGACAGCGUCAAGCUGGCGCCCGAUGGCGUCCCCCGCUAUGCUCAGGCCUUCAACGGCACCGUUCCUGGCCCGACUCUCGUGAUGGACUGGGGCGACGACGUCGUUAUCCAUGUCACCAAUAAGCUCACCCAGAGCAUCAACGGUACCAGUGUCCACUGGCACGGUCUGCACCAGAAGGACACGGUCCUCAGCGACGGUGUCGUGUCCGUCACCCAGUGCCCCGCUGUUCCCGGCACGACCCAGACCUACAAGUUCAAGGCUACCAACUAUGGCUCCUCGUGGUACCACUCUCACUUUGCGCUUCAGGCGUGGCAGGGCGUCUUCGGCGGCAUCAUCAUCAACGGUCCCGCCAGCGCCAACUACGACGAGGACGUCGGCAUGGUCGUGCUGAGCGACUGGGGCCACAAGACCCCCGACGAGCUCUGGCACCAGGCCGAGACGCAGGGCCCGCCCACGCUUGAGAACGCCCUGAUCAACGGCAUGAACGUCUACGGCGCCGAGGGCAACCAGACGGGCAAGCGCUGGGAGACCUCGUUCGAGUCGGGCAAGUCGUACCGCGUCCGCCUCGUCAACACGGCCAUCGACACCCACUUCAAGUUCGGCAUCGACAACCACACGCUGACCGUCAUCGCCCUUGACUUCAUCCCCGUCGAGCCGUACGAGGCCACCAUGAUCAACAUCGGCAUGGGCCAGCGCGUCGACGUCAUCGUCAAGGCCGACCAGGCCGCCGUCGCCUCGGACUUUUGGAUGCGCGCCAUUCCCCAGAGCGCCUGCGGCACCAUUCAGAUGGCCAAGAACACCCGCGCCAUCGUGCACUACGGCGCCAGCAAGGGCGUCCCCGCCACCACCGGCCACACCUACGUCGACGCGUGCGAGGACGAGCCGCUCGAGAAGCUCAAGCCCAUUAUCCGCAUCGACGCUGAGGAGGCCACCUACCAGCAGCUGAAGAUCGCGACCGCCGGCGUCAACGCCAAGAGCGUCUUCCGCUGGUACCUCAACUCGACCACCAUGGAGCUCGACUGGUCCAAGCCGACCGUCAGCCAGCUGGCCAACAACGCCUCGGUCGCCUUCUCCAACAGCAACGCCGUCAUGGAGCUGCCCGAGGCCGACAAGUGGGCCUACGUCAUCAUCCAGACCAACUUUGGCGUCGCCCAUCCCGUCCACCUGCACGGCCACGACUACUCGGUCCUCGCCCAGGGCAGCGGCGCCUACCAGCCCGGCGUCACCAAGCUGAUCACCACCAACCCCAUGCGCCGCGACACGGCCAUCCUGCCCGCCGCCGGCCACCUGGUCCUGGCUUUCAAGACCGACAACCCGGGCGCCUGGCUCAUGCACUGCCACAUCGGCUGGCACACGGCCCAGGGCUUCGCCAUGCAGUUCGUCGAGCGCCGCAGCGAGAUGUUCUCCAAGAACAUCAUCAACAACAACGACAUCGAGGGCCUCUGCGAGCCCUGGAGGACACACGUCGGCAAGCACAACAUCAAGCUCGAGGACUCGGGCAUCUAAGCGCAAGCAAGCAAGCGAUCGACCACCACCACCCCCCCAGAUUGUGCAAACACCACACACAACAACAUCAACACCACCAAAGCGUUCCCGGACGUCUCCCUCUCCUUUCCGUCCCCUUUUCCCUUUUGCCACCUUGGAAUUAAGCUUUUUACGAUACAAAAUAGGGGUUUUGUUUUGUUGGAUAGGUUUCCUUGUUUGUCCCUGCUUGUUUUGCUUUUUUGCUCUCCGUGUCUUGUUUGGACAUGCCUUGGUAUCACAUGUUAGCGGUCUGCUAGUUGUUGUUAGUCCUCUGUCAACUUUUAUGUUGAAUGCCAAUACAUUUUUUCCCCUUUGACUCUUGCCAA